AUGCAAGUCAUUCUUGAUCGGAUUCGUGCCACAUUACCAGCUGUGAAUGAAGACAUUCUUGGUUACAUUACCGACAUUUUACAAACAAAUAAACAUGAUUAUACUGAUAUUCGAGAAGUAGAUGAUGCAUUAAGACCUAUAUUUGAAGAAAUUGCUCAUGCUGAACUCGAACAAGAAGAAAUUACACAACUUUGCCAAUUUGUUUGUGACCAAUUAAAAUUAGAAACAUUAUCUGGUCACAAUGGUUUAAGUCAUGAACCUAAAAAACUGUCAACACCUGUUCAAAUUGGUCAUUAUUCAGGCUCGUCAGUGGACACAGUUUCGUCGGCUUUAUUUAAUAUGAAUGAUCGAACAUUUAUUAAACCAAACAGUGAAACAACAACCGUAUCACAAAAAAAACUUGAAAAAGCCGAAGCUAAACUUCGAGAAAAACAAGAAAAACGCGCUCGAGACGGAGCACUGAAUGGGGAUGUCAAAGAACAAGCACGACUUGAAGAUGCUGUUGUUAGUCAAGCAACGAAUAAACGAUUACUUGCAGAAAAUGAAAACACUGAUUCAACCAGUAAAUCAUAUGACGUUCAUAUUGAUAAUUUUGAUGUAUCAUAUGGAAAUAAAAUAUUAAUUCUCGGUAGUAGUCUUGAUCUUAUCUAUGGUCGUCGUUAUGGUUUCGUUGGCCGAAAUGGAUUGGGUAAAUCAACUUUACUUCGUGUUAUGGCUAAUCGAAGUCUUGUACUUCCAUCGCAUCUCCGUAUUUUACAUGUUGAACAAGAAAUUGAAGGCAGUGACACACUCGCUCUUCAGAGUGUCCUCGAAUGUGACGAACGACGAGCAGCAUUAUUGAACGAAGAAAAAGAAUUAAAUAGAAGAUUACAUUCAAUAAGCGAUACAUCAAAUCAAGAUUCAUUUAUAUCAAAACGUUUAACAGCGAUCUAUGGUGAAUUGGAAGCAAUUGAAGCCGAUAAAGCUGAAUCAAGAGCAGCAGUUAUAUUAAAUGGUCUUGGUUUUACUUCUGAAAUGCAAGCCAUGGCUACAAAACAAUUUUCCGGUGGUUGGAGAAUGCGUCUUGCAUUGGCACGAGCUCUUUUUUCAAAACCUGAUCUUCUUUUACUCGAUGAACCGACUAAUAUGUUAGAUUUAAAAGCAAUUAUUUGGCUAGAAAAUUAUUUACAAACAUGGAAAAGUACUAUAUUAGUUGUUUCUCACGAUCGAACGUUUCUCAAUACUGUCGCAACUGAUAUUUUACAUUUAUAUGCACAAAAAGUUGAAUCCUACCGCGGUAAUUAUGAUACAUUUGUAUCAGCUCGAACAGAACGUCUUAAAAAUCAACAACGUGAAUAUGAAGCGCAAAAAGACUAUCGAGAUCAUAUUCAGGUAUUUAUUGAUCGAUUUCGUUAUAAUGCAAAUCGUGCUGCACAAGUACAAAGUAAACUUAAACUACUAGAAAAAUUGCCUAUUUUGCGACCAGUAGAAAAAGAACACGAAGUUCACUUUCGUUUUCCUGAACCCGAACCAUUAAAUGGAACCAUUUUACAAUUAGAUGAUGUUGCGUUUACUUAUUCAAAAAGUAAUCCAAUGCUAUUAAACAAUGUUAAUUUAUCAGCAAAUCUUUCAUCGCGUAUUUGUAUUAUGGGUGAAAAUGGAUCUGGUAAAACAACUUUAUUGAAACUAUUAGUUGAAGAAUUGGAACCAACUAGAGGUCAACGACAUAGUCAUAGAAAUUUAGCACUUGGCUAUUUUACACAACAUUUUGUCGAUCAAUUACCAAUGAAUAUCAAUUCUGUUGAGGUUUUACAAGCGAAAUUUCCAGGUAAAACAAUUGAACAGUAUCGAACAGAAUUAGGUCGUUUCGGUAUCACUGGAGAUACAGCAUUACAAUCAGUCAUGAGUCUCUCGGGAGGACAAAAAUGUCGUCUAGCAUUCAGUUUAAUGUGUAUGAAAAAUCCACAUAUUCUUAUACUCGAUGAACCGACAAAUCAUUUGGAUAUGGAAACCAUUGAAGCAUUAGCUGACGCAAUUAAAAAAUUUCAUGGCGGAAUUGUACUUGUAUCCCAUGAUGAAUUAUUAAUUAAACGUGUUUGUACGGAUGCAUGGCUUUGUCGUAAUGGAAGUGUAACUGCACUUGAAAAUGGCUUUGAACAAUAUAAGAAAUUAAUUGAAGCGGAAUUACAAUAUUAA